CCAACGUUGCCCGUGUCCUCCUCUGCACUCUGUUGUUCACCUCAUCCUAUCAUUGCGAUGGCAUCCGUCAAGCGAAAGCAUAAUGAACCCGCCGAUUCGGACUCUGAUGCUGGGUACUCCGAAGUCGCUCUAGAAUUUGAGGACGAAAUCGACAUCUCUUCCGCUCUGACCGGGAAACGAUCAAAGACCUUAUCGACAGCAAAGUUGUCUGACGGCGAGGAUGAUGAAGAUCUGCAAGAGUUUAUCCGCGAUUCUAUUGCAAGGCGCGACGUCAAAGAGGGGACGGAGCUGUUGAAGAAGACUAAGGGGAAGAAAACCAAGAUUGCGAAGGGUGAAACGGGAGGGGGAAGCUUUCAGAGCAUGGGCCUGCAUCCUUGGUUACUGCGGUCUCUGACGCUACAAGGGUUCCGCAUACCUACCCCCAUCCAACGCCUUUCCAUACCCGCCCUUCUCGCGAAUCCACCGCGCGACCUCGUCGGGAUGGCUCGCACUGGUUCAGGAAAGUCGCUCGCGUACCUGGUUCCCCUCGUACAACGUCUUGGAGGAAGACACUCUGCGACAUUCGGUGCUCGAGCUCUCAUUCUCCUCCCUGCCCGUGAGCUUGCUUUGCAAAUUUUGAAGGUCGGAAAAGAACUCGCGCGGGGAUGGCACGCAGGAGAGGGCGAUCAUGCGGGAGAUACCCAUGAUGUGGACGAGGGGAAAAAGGGUCAGAGCUUGCGAUGGGGCCUGGUCGUCGGUGGUGAGAGCUUGGACGAACAAUUUGAGAUGAUCUCAAAUAACCCGGACGUUAUCAUUGCUACUCCUGGCCGUCUCCUACAUCUUAUUGUCGAAAUGAAUCUCGACCUGAAGUCUGUGCAAUACGUCGUCUUUGACGAGGCUGACCGUCUCUUCGAGAUGGGCUUCCAGACUGCUCUCACGGAGAUCCUGCACCGCCUACCCGCAACGCGACAAAGCCUCCUUUUCUCCGCUACCCUCCCCAAAUCUCUUGUCGAGUUUGCGAAGGCCGGCUUGCAGAACCCGAAACUCGUCCGCCUUGACGCAGAGACUAAAAUAAGCGCUGAUUUGAAGAUGGCGUUCUUCUCCGUCAAGCAAGCCGAAAAGGACGCAUGUCUCCUCGUCCUUCUCAGGGAGGUCAUUGGCGUCCCUUUCGGAAACCCUUCCACAGAAUCGGAGGAAGCCAACGACAAGAAGGGCAAAGGGAAGGCGAAAGCGAAGCACUCGGAACACGCCGCCGCCCCUCACCAGACUCUAAUCUUCGCCGCCACCAAACACCACGUUGAAUAUCUCACCAACCUCCUUGCAGCCGCCGGCUAUGCCGUCUCCCACAUCUACGGCUCCCUGGACCAGGUCGCAAGAACGCAGCAGAUGGACGCUUUCCGCCGUGGCCGUACCAACAUCCUCGUCGUCACGGACGUUGCCGCCCGCGGUAUCGAUAUUCCCGUUUUGGAGAACGUAGUCAACUACGACUUCCCGCAGGGCGCGAGGGUGUUCGUCCAUCGCGUCGGGCGUACCGCCCGCGCAGGGCGGCAGGGGUGGGCGUGGUCCUUCGUGACGGCAUCUGAGCUGCCGUACCUCCUGGACCUGCAGCUAUUCCUUUCCCGCCCGAUCAAGAAUGAAGUCAGCGGUGCUGGCGACCAGGCCUACACGGAGUCCCUGGUCCUGGGACCAUUCGAGCGGGACAAGUUAGACGAGGAGGUGGCGUACAUCCAGAAGCUGGAUCAGGAGAACCACAACCUCAGCACCCUUCGAGAUGUCAUGCGGAAAGGGCAGGGCAUGUACGAGCGCAGCAAAGGCAAGGCGAGCCCGGCGAGCUACCACAAUACAAAGGAGAUGCUCAAGGACGGCCGCUGGGGCUACAUUGGCACGGAAUCGGGCAUCCACCCUGUGUUACUGCGGAGAAGCCCUGACACCGCAGCGAAGCUCGCUGAGGAAGCAAAACGACGGGCGCUCCUGAAACUCGUUGACUCGUUCCGCCCGGCGGAGACCAUCCUCGAGAUUGGAGCGCGCGGCAACGCAGAGACGGCAGCACUGAUGAAGCAGCGGCGUAAAGCGCUGAGCAAGGCGGCACAGCGUGCCUCAUUGGCGUCCACCUCCGCUGCUGUCAUAGUAGCAGAUGAUGGAGGGAGGGAUGCCGUGCACGAGCGGGAUGACAGCGAAGGAGAAGAGCUGGAAAUGGCAGAUGAGGCCGACAUUGCGGCCGUGUUUGAUGUGUCAAACAAGAAGGCGAGAGCUGGAAAAGGGAGCUUCCGCGACGAGGAGUUCUACAUGUCUCAUUACCAGAAAGACGCCGAUACAGAGAAAGGCUACUCACUCCGCGACGGCGCCUCCUUCGCCGAGCAAGCGCGGAACGUCGCGUUCGACCUCACCGGCGACGAGACCUCCGCACAGGAGCGUCAGCGUCGCGAAAAUAAAUGGGAUAAGAAGAAAAAGCGUUUCGUAAGGGGCACUGGCGAGGGCGCAGACAACGUCAAGCUUGUGAAGACCGAGAGCGGUGUCAAGCUGCCCGUGACGUACCGCAGCGGGCGUUUCGACGAGUGGAAGGCGAAGACCCACAUGAGCCUGCCAAAGGUGGGUGAGGCUGAGCCGGAGAACGCUCGCGGUGGAGGCGGGCAUGGACCGGGUGGGAGAAAAUAUCGCCAUAAACAGGUCGUCGCAGCGAAGCCGCUCGACAAGCUGCGUGGCGACUAUGAGCGAAAGGCGCGACAGCUCAAGGACGGACAACAGCAUAACGGCGGAGAUCAAAACCCGGCUCGCGGGUCGUCUUCGCGACCUUCACUCGAAAAGGACAAGGGUCAGCCCAAGAAGGGGAGCAGGUUCGGUGGAAAACCUGUUGGUAAGGUCAAGAACGAGCUCAAGACCGUGGACCAGAUCCGGAAAGCUCGCAAGACCGCGGAGCAGAGGAAACUCAAGAACGCACGAGCACCUCGGAAGAAGGGCAAGCGGUAGCAGUAGCUGUAGGCAUACUACGUACUGCUCCCAUUAAGUGUUCGGUACCUGUCUAUAGCUGAGGCGCCUUUCCUGCUUAUCAUGCC